AUGAACAACCGGGCGCGGGCCCCAGCUCCCUCCGCGGCCCGGACCUCAACCCGGGUCAGGGCUUCGACCCCGGCCCGGACCCCAACUCUGGUCCAGACCUCGAUUCCGGCCCGGACCCCAACUCCGGUCCAGACCUCGAUUCCGGCCCGGACCCCAACUCCGGUCCAGACCUCGAUUCCGGCCCGGACCCCAACUCUGGUCCAGACCUCGAUUCCGGCCCGGACCACUCCGACCCGGAUCCGGACCCUGACUCCGGUCCGGACUCCCACGUUGGUCCGGACCCUGACUCCUGUCCGAGCUCAGACUCCGGUCCGGAUCCCAGCCCCGGCCCCAGCCCCGGCCCCAGCCCAGGCCUGGGUCCUGGCCACGGUCCCUGCCCCGGAAUCCUUCCCGAACCCCGCCCUACCUUUGGACCCGCCCCCGGAACCUGCUCCGGAGCCAACUCUGCCGCCUAAAGAGGACCCCGCUCCGGCGCCGGGUCUGAGGCAGGUCUGGUCGUCGGUCACCGGCUCAGCCAGGCCGGGCCCGGAGCCGCUUCCCGCGCUCACUCCGCUGGCCGCUCCCGCCCCGGAGCUCCUCCUGGACCCCACGCCGAGAACGGACCCGUCGGCCACCAAGCUGAAGCCCUUCCCCUCGCCUGUGCCCGUCGCGGCGCCGGUGCCGGGGACCGUCUCCUUGCCGAUCUCUCCCGACACAUUGGCCUCCACCAGCGAGGGCUUGCAGACGGACGACAGGAUCUUGAUUCGAGUGAUCUACUGUGGCCUCUGAAGCUAUGGCCUUCGGUACAUUCUGUUGAAAAAGAGUCUGGAGCAGCAAUUUCCCAAUCAGCUGCUCUUUGAGGAGGACAGAGCUGCCCAGGCUACAGGGGAGUUUGAAGUGUUUGUGGCAGGGAAACUGGUCCAUUCCAAGAAGAAAGGUGACGGCUUUGUGGAUGAGGCCAGGCUGUGGAAAAUUGUGAGCAUUAUUGAGGAGGAGAUCAAGAAAAGGUAGCAGGCGACUGGCAGCGCUGGAGGAGCCUCGGCAGGAUGAUGAGAAGGGCUGAAAUGUUGCCAAUCAGGUCCUUUUCUGAUGGUGGCUGGGACUGGGGUGGGGUCGAGGAGGGGUCAAGAGGGAAAUACAUAGAGUCUCCCUCUUUGUGUUCUGGUCUGAUUGUGUCUGCUGUCACUAUAC